GGUUUAAUGGAACAACUUCAGUGUAUUUACAAUGAUUUAAAAGAUAAUAAUGAAAUUGCCAUCAUAGAGAGGUACGGAAGGAAUGCAAAAUAUUAUACAGUUACAUUGACAAUACUUAUUACUUGCAGUAUGUAUGUUCUUGUGGGUAGCCAAGUAUGGCCGGACAUCCAGCAAAUUAUUUCAUCUACCAAUAAAUCUCGAUCACGUCAUUUGGAAAUUUUGACUGAGUAUUUUGUUGAUCAAGAAAAAUAUUUCUAUUAUCUAUUAUUACAUAUAAAUGCAGCUAUUUGUAUAGGAUUGAUUACACUGAUGGCGACAGGGACAAUGCUCAUCGCAUUUUAUCAAUACAUCUGCGGAAUGUUUACAAUUGCUAGUUUUCGUAUCGAGAAUGCAAUAAAAAAUGAAGUAUCACAAGGAAUUACUUUGCAGAACAAAAAUGUUCAUGAAAGCAUAAAAUGUGCUGUAGAUAUUCAUCGGAAAGCUAUACACUGCAGCAUGUAUCUAAUAUCUAAUGUUGAGAUAUCAUUCUUUUUUUUAAUAAUAGUUGGAGUGAUGACUUUAAGUCUGAAUAUUUUCCGGAUUUUUCAGAUCAUAACAACAACGUAUAAUGCUACCGAACUUGCAAAAUCCUUCAUAAUUGGAUUUCUUAGUCUCAUAUAUAUGUUUAUAGCAAACUUAGUCGGACAAGAAAUUACAGAUCAUUAUAAUUAUAUAUAUCUCGCUACAUAUGAAAUUCGAUGGUAUAUAGCUUCGCUAGAUAUACAAAAGCUAAUACUGAUUCUGAUGCAAAGAGGCAAUAAGAAUUUUGGUUUGAAUGUAGGUGGAUUAUUUGUAGCAUCUAUACAGUGUUUUACCAAGCUGGCAAACACAUCUUUAUCCUAUUUUACUGUCAUGUAUUCUAUACAAUAAUGACAACAAAAUAUAUCAACUAAGAUACUAUACUUGAGCAAAUUUCGUAAAAAAAUGUACAUAAAGCAAUUUGUAAGAAAUGUAUAAAUUAGAUAAUCAGUAACAUUAACAUUAAUGCUAUAUAUUUAACGGCAAUAGACACAAAAUCUGAUUAUAGUCAAUUCAUUACACCACUCGAA